GCUUCCAGCAGCGAGAGACUGACACGGAGCUUCGAACUGACCGUUGCUUCUCAAACAGAAGACCGUACAUAAGAGAAAAGUUUUAUGGUGGGCUACGGAAUCUUAUAUGUGGAGAUAAAUCUCAUUCAUCACUUUUUGGGGCAUGAUAAACUUGUAUUCAUCAACCCACGAGGACGUUUGUUGAUGUUACAAGAACCCCUUCAAACUGGGACGCCUGAGUGGAAUAAGCCAGCAGAGGGGGAGUCGGGGUGAAGGAAGGGAAGCAGGAUUAGGGGCUUAUCCUGGACAUGACCAAUCCUUAAGGAGCCUCCGUCAAGCCAUACUAUUGCCCAGAUUAUUACAUUUAAUUUAUUGCCUUUUAAAGACCCUUUAUCUCCCCCGGAGGAUUCCUGGCGAGUGGGCUGCUGGAUUUGAGUAUCUUUAAAAACAAAGGAUCAGGAGCAGAGGCCGGUGGGAGUGGAGGAGCAUGAGAAGAGCAUACAUGCAGGGAUAAAGCAACAAGCCUCCCUGCCGCCUUACACAUCAGCAGGGUGCAGGUCAAAGGUCACUGAAUGAACUUGGAUUGGGAAAGCACGCGUUCACAUUAAUUACGCAAAUCUGAUUAAGACCGUGCAGCAGCAGACUCUCUGGACUUUACUAAAGAAGGAGCACAUGGUUUCAGUCCUAAACCACAAAGAUAUCUGCAGCCCGAGUUGAAUUUAUUUCUGAACUGAUUUUUUUUUCAGAAGCACAAACCCAGAACAACUGUGAAGCCCAGAAUCUCUGACCACAUACGCAGCAGAGGUUUUCAGGAAUUGGAGUCAUGCAUAUUUUCAGCUCACAUUUAUCUUCACAGAAUCUUUCUGGAUAUGAACAAAGACCGAUGGCCAAAACGGGACAUAGCUGAAUGCGUCUGCCUUUUGAGAAACUGUGCGAAGAACUUUCCAUUUAACUGCGGUUGUUAUUCUGCAGAGCUAUUUUGAAGCUUGAACGGUGAUACGUGUAUAAUUUGCUUUCUUACGGUGUUCUCGCCAUUUUUUGUGGAUUUUUUUUUUUUGGAUUCUGGAAACAGUUUGUACCUGGAGAAGCCAUGAACUUGGGAAAGUUCGCUAGCCUAAAGGGCCUGGUUUCCCACUCCUCAGGAAAGCGUCGAUUUAAAGGUGACCUCACCCCGGACAUGAUCAGCCCCCCAUUGGGCGACUUCCGCCACACCAUGCACGUGGGCCGUGGAGGGGAUGUGUUUGGGGACACCUCGUUCCUCAGCAACCAUGGUGGAGCAGGAAAUAACGCGGAUGGAGACUCCUCCUCCACUUCAGAGAAGAAUGAGGGAUUCUUCUCCCGCACUCUUCGCCAUGUCCGCAAGACCCCCGACAGGCCCCGCGGCGGCUCCAAGGACCUUUCACCCCCACCUCCACCCAUUUCUCCAAUCAUAAAGAAUGCCAUUUCCCUUCCCCGGCUGGACGUGGACUCACCCAACGGCUGUCCUGUGAAAGUGCUUUUCCCCAGUCCACCCAAAACACCAGAGAGCUCCACAUACCUGUAUGGUUUGGAGUCUGGCUUUGUGACCUUGCCGAGACUGUCUCGCACUGAGCGUCCAGCCCAGGGCAGUUCUCCCUCAGCCCGUCCGCCUGAAAUCCACAGAGGCUCGCUCACGGAUAUCCCGUCCUUCCCAUGUUCAGACUCCAUCAGUCCUUCUGACUCCAUGAACUCUUUCACUCUUGAUCUGGGCCCUUCCCUUAUGUCUGAAGUCUUUGCCAUGAUUGACAGCCCUGUGUGUGAAAAGGCCGAUCCCAUCAUUGAAAAAGCACAGUCGACCGAUGAUAACUCUGAGGUGGACUCGGACGCAACCACGUCCUUGGUGGACUCUCUCCUGAGAGAAGACGAUGACGGUAGGACGCGCUUGUAUGGAGGAGAGUGGAAGCAUUCAGACUUUGUAAAUGGUGAGUCACCUAAAAAAUCCACGUUGGGGGAUCGGAUGCGCUCUUACUCCAUUGAGGAUCACGGCAUGGAGCCGGAGAGUUUCCAGAGGGCUGCUGAUGUGCUGGCACGUCAUUACGGGAGUGGAGGACUCAGGAAUACAAACACCAACAACUCUCAUAGGAGAGGACCAUACAGCUAUGCUGAUGAAGAAGAAGAAAUCAAAGUCUAACACUAUGAGAUGCCUAAAAUCCAAAUCGUGCAGCACUAAUAAAGGGAUAGUUUAGCCUGUUAUUAAUUACUCACCCUCAUGUGUUUCCAAACCCAUAAGACCUUUGUUCAUCUUCAGAACACAAGUUAAGAUAUUUUUGAUGAAAUUGUGGUUGAACCACUGAUGUCACAUGGACUAUUUUAAUGUCUUUACUACCUUUCUGGGCUUUGAAUGUGUUGUGUUGCAGUCUAUGCAGAGUCAGAAAGCUCUCGGAUUUCAUCAAAAAUAUCUUAAUUUGAGUUACGAAGAUGAAUGAAGGUCUUGCGGGUUUGGAAAGACAUGAGGGUGAGUAAUUAAUGACAGAAUUUUCAUUUUUGAGUUUAACUAACCAUUUAAAGAGAUAGUUCAGACAAAAUGAACAUUCUGUCAUAAUUUACUGUUCCAAACCCAUUUCUUUUUUUUGCUAAAAUGAAAUUUCAUUAGAAUUUAAUUGAAUGAGGACUGGGCCUGUCAAGCUCCAUAAUGAUAAAAAAGCACCAUGAAAGUAUCAUAAAAGUAGUCCGUAGAUUUCUCAAACCAUUUUUUUUAGCAUACUGUGAGGAACAGACCAGAAUUCCCAAAAGUCAUUAUUCAGUUCCUUUGGUCUGUGAACUGGUUCAUUGAGUCACUCGAGAAUCAAAUCAAUUCUAGUUCAAUUUCUGAAUGAAUCAUCCAGACUGGUUUAAUUUGAAAAGAUGAAAGAAGAAAAACAAUUUGUUCAGGAAUAUGACAUUGCUGCAUCUCCCAUGAACAUGCCAAGGAGAGCUAAGACAGCUGUUAAUAAAUAACAAAAAUAAUUCAUUAUUUAAAAGGAUAUUCCUCUCCAAAAUGAAAAUUCUGUCAUAUUUUAUUCACCUCAUUUAAUUUCAGAAACUGUCUUUCUUUCUUCUGUGGAUCACAAAAGAAGAUAUUUUGAAGAACUGUUUUUGUCAUACAAUGAAAGUCAGUGGAAUUCAAUGUUGUUUGGUUUCAGGGUUGCCAGGUUUUCACACCAAAACCCAUCCAAAAUUGCUACCCAAAACUAGUCUAAAACUAGCCCAAUUGACCCUUUGCAAACACCUUGAUUGACAGUCGAUCUAACCAAUCAUAA